AUGUCCAACGACCGUCGCAUCAAGUCGCUCAAGCUGCGUCUACGCAGCAUAUUAACAUCUUUCAAUCUCAUCAAGUCAUUCGUUAACGAAUUCGAGGAGGAAGCCCAUGCAACAGAAGUUCCAGUUCGGCUGGAAAAUCUCGUCACCCUAUGGGCAGACUUCAACAAAUUACAAGGCGAGCUGGAAACACUCGACGAAAGUGCUGUUGAGCAACAGUUGAAACAACGUUCAGAGGUCGAAACUCACUAUUACCGAGUAAAGGGUUUCUUACUCUCGGUCAAUAAAGUCCCAGUUACACCGUGUGCGCCGUCUACUAAUCAAUCAGCUACGUAUGUCCCUUCAUCAAGUUCGCAUAUUCGUUUGCCUGAUGUGAAGUUACCAAUAUUCAACGGGAAUCUCGAGCACUGGCUAAACUUCCACGACUUGUACGUCUCUCUGGUCCACUCGUCGCAGGAAUUAUCAAAUAUUCAAAAAUUCUAUUAUUUGCGAUCCUCUUUGUCUGGGGAUGCCUUGAAAUUGAUUCAAACCAUCGCGAUUAGUGCCACUAAUUACUCCGUAGCGUGGAAUCUAUUGGUAGAGCACUUUCAGGACACGGCACGCCUGAAGCAGUCCUACAUUGAUGCGCGUUUUGAGUUUCCGUCAAUUAGGCGAGAAUCUGCGACUGAACUACACUCGCUGGUUGAGCGUUUCGAGGCCAACGUGCGAGUUCUGCAGCAGUUGGGAGAGAAAACGGAAUUCUGGGAUAUUCUCUUAAUUCGCAUGCUUAGCAUCCGCCUAGAUCCAACAACGAGGCGAGAUUGGGAGGAAUAUUCGUCUGCUCAAGAUACGAUUUCAUUUCAUGACCUCACGUCGUUUCUUCAAAGAAGAGUAACAGUACUACAAAAUCUGCAAGGAAAAUGUACGGAAGUUCCCCCGCCAUCGGUACCCAAGAAGCAACCUCAACGUCAAUUUGCCAGCCACGGGGCAACUCAAACCAAUUAUCGAAAGUGUUUAGUAUGCUCCGAGAAUCAUCCGCUCUACCAAUGUGCCACCUUCUCGAAGAUGAGCCCAGAUGACAAAGAAAGAGAAGUUCGGCGUCAUCAGCUUUGUCGAAAUUGUCUGAGGAAGGGACAUUUCGGCAAGGAUUGUCCGUCUGUUAGCUCUUGCCGCAAGUGCAGAGGUCGUCAUCAUACGCAGCUCUGCAUUACUGAUUCUUCAUCGUCUGGAAACGUGAAAACUUCAGAACAUUCUGCUCCGAAAGUAUCUCAGUCCUUACCGCCCAACGACCAACCCACCACUUCCUUAUCAGCGACAGUACCCGAAACUCGGAGCUACGCGUCCACAAGACAGCAGAAUACACGUGUCCUACUUGCCACCGCUGUGGUACUCGUAGUCGAUGAUCAUGGUUCGCAGCAUGUAGCCAGAGCACUGCUCGACUCGGGCAGUGAAUGUUGCUUCAUGACAGAAUCAUUCGCCCAACUCGUGAAAGCAAAGCGGAAGAAAAUCUUUGUUCCAAUAGCGGGAAUAGGUCAAUCUACCACCCACGCAAAACACAAAUUAUUUUCCACUAUACGUUCAAGAAUUAGCAGCUAUUCCGCCACUGUUGAAUUCCUAAUUCUAUCGAAGGUUACAGUAGACAUACCAUAUGCAUCGGUCGACAUUUCAUCAUGGAAUUUUCCGCCAGAAAUUCAGUUAGCGGAUCCAUCGUUUCACGAUAAAAACUCCGUCGAUCUCGUCAUCGGGGCUGAAGUUUUCUUUGACUUAUUUAAAGUAACGGGAAGAAUAGCUCUCGGCGACAAUCUUCCCACUCUUGUGAAUUCUGAACUAGGCUGGGUAGUUUCCGGAAGAACGAGCACCUGCCUACCGACUACUCCAGUAACUGCUCACGUUGCCACCGUCACAGACCUGCAUACGCUUAUGGAGAAGUUCUGGGCACUUGAAGAUGAUCGGUCCUCUCAUUGUCACUCGGUAGAAGAAGCUGCAUGCGAAGAGCACUUCCGUCAGACUGUGUCUCGUACAAUAGAAGGACGAUAUGUUGUCCGCCUACCGAUUAAAACAGAUGUCAUCACCAAUAUAUGCGACAAUCGCCGAGUGGCUCUACGGCGUUUCCAUUUGCUGGAGGCACGCCUGGCUCGAAAUGAAGAAUUAAGACAGCAAUACACCGAAUUUUUGGACGAGUAUCUCAAAUUAGGGCACAUGCAACAGAUUCAAGAAGAUGAUCAACCAUCGUCAUGUUACCAUCUUCCACACCACGCUAUCAUACGAGAAGACAGCGCUUCAACUAAAGUCCGUGUCGUUUUUGAUGCUUCCUGUAAAACUCCUAACGGACCAUCCCUGAACGAAGCUCUAAUGGUCGGUCCAAUCGUGCAACAAGAUUUGAGAUCCAUAAUCAUGCGUUCCAGAAAGCAUCGUGUCAUGCUUAUCGCCGAUAUUCGUCAAAUGUAUCGCCAAGUACUCAUGGACGAACGGGAUACACCACUACAACGCAUCGUCUGGAGGCCCACACCAGAUGUUCCUAUCAACACGUACGAGUUAAAAACAAUUACCUAUGGCACCGCCAGUGCACCCUUUCUCGCAACAAGAACGCUGCUGCAAUUGGCAAAUGACGAACGGGCUGCAUUUCCUGAAGCUGCUGAGGUACUAAUCCACGACUUCUACGUGGAUGACCUGUUCUCCGGCUGUAACAUAGUAGCUGAAACUAUCGCCUUGCGUCGCCAGCUGGAUACUUUAUUGGCAAAGGGUGGUUUCGAGCUGCGCAAGUGGGCCUCUAAUGAGGAAGAAGUUCUUAAUGACAUCCCGCAGAACAAUCGCGCACUGCAAUCCUCGGUAGAUUUCAACCGCGAUCAAUGCAUAAAAACCCUUGGACUUCACUGGGAACCAUCAUCGGACAUGCUGAGAUACAAGGUAAAACUUCCACCACCAGAAACAAACGCGACGCUCACCAAAAGAAUCGCACUCUCGCACAUUGCGCAACUUUUCGAUCCGCUUGGUUUGGUGGGGCCGGUAGUGACAACAGCAAAGCUCUUCAUGCAAACAUUAUGGACGUUAAAGGACCAAGAAGGAAAGGUAUGGGGCUGGGACCAAGAACUACCCAUUGCAAUCAAAGAACGCUGGCAAGCCUACCACUCGCAGCUGCCACUUCUCAAUGAACUUCGCAUCGAUCGGUGCAUCAUGCUUCUUAACCCAGUGACGACACAAUUACACAUCUUUUCUGACGCAUCAGAACUCGCAUACGGCGCAUGUGUUUAUGUGCGUACCACCAAUUCGUCAGGAGCAGUAAACGUAGCACUAUUAACAGCUAAAUCAAAAGUGGCACCCCUAAAGAAACAGAGUAUCCCACGUUUGGAACUGUGUGGAGCACUUAUCGCAGCUGAGUUGUAUGAAAAGGUGUCUAAAUCGCUUCAACUGGUCGCAGACACAUACUUUUGGGUUGACUCGACGACUGUACUCAGUUGGCUCAAAUCCCCACCCUCCACUUGGACAACAUUUGUGGCCAACCGAGUGUCUAAAAUCCAACUUGCCACUGAACAUUGUACUUGGAACCAUGUGUCCGGGCAACAGAACCCUGCCGACAGCAUAUCUCGAGGGGCUUCGGCAGAAUCUCUUCUGAACAACACUCUUUGGUGGUCAGGUUCUCAUUGGUUGCAAUCCGACGAUAGUUUAUGGCCAGCACAACUGUAUAAACAAAACAUGAGCUCCGGUAUCAUGCCAGAGACUCGAAAAACACUCGCUCUUGAAAUUCCAGCAUCUACUGAAAAAAGUUUCAUCGACGAAUAUGUGGAUAAAUUUUCAAACUACCAACGUAUGUUGCGAGUCACCGCAUAUUGCCGUCGGUUUAUAUUGAACAAUCGCUUGGAAACAAUCAAUCACCCGAAGGCACUUGUUAUCAGCUCAGAGGAAAUGCUAUCUGCCGAAACAAAGCUCAUCGGAUUAGUGCAAAAACAAGUUUACAGUGAAGAAUGGAAACGACUUCACGCGGCACAACCGGUUUCAUCGAAAUCUCAGUUGAAAUGGUUCCAUCCUAUCAUUGCCUCUGAUCAGUUGAUCCGUAUUGGAGGUCGGCUCCAACAUUCUCAACAAACUUUCGACAGUAAACAUCAGAUAUUGCUGCCUUCUAAACACCCUUUCUCAUUACUGUUGGUUCGACACUAUCACGAAACAAACCUACAUGCAGCACCACAACUUCUAUUAACCAUUUUGCGGCUACGAUACUGGAUUACGGGGGCCAGAAAUCUCGCAAGAAGUGUAAUUCAUCGCUGUGUAAUUUGUUUUAGAGCACGACCAAAGUUAGUGGAACAAUUUAUGGCGGACCUUCCAGCAUCACGCGUUACUGAAACUAGACCUUUCUCCGUUGCUGGCGUGGAUUACUGGGGACCUGUAUUGCUUCAACCAACGCAUCGGAGAGCAGCACCUACAAAGGCAUAUGUCGCUGUCUUCAUUUGCUUCUGUACGAAGGCUGUUCAUCUUGAGCUUGUAGCAGACCUCACGACAGCGAAAUUUCUACAAGCUCUACGUCGAUUUGUCUCCCGACGUGGCCUAUGUUCCGAUCUGCAUAGCGAUAACGGUCGAAACUUUGUAGGUGCUGCAAACGAACUUCGACAGCUGGUUCGUGCCACGGAACAUCAGCAAGCCAUCGCCCAGGAAUGUUCCUCAACAGGCAUACGAUGGCAUUUUAAUCCACCGAAGGCAUCGCACUUCGGAGGGCUGUGGGAAGCAGCAAUUUAUUCCGCACAGAAACACUUCGUUAGAGUCCUCGGAACGCAUAAUCUUCCUUUCGACGAAAUGGAAACUCUUUUGGCACAAAUUGAAUGUUGUUUAAACUCCAGACCUAUAGUUCCAUUAAGCGAUGACCCGACUGAUUAUGAGCCGCUAACUCCCGGUCACUUUCUGACUGGGUCAGCACUGAAGGCGGUACCGGACAUUGACUUCAACUCAGUACCGUACAACCGUUUACGCAAGUGGCAACAGACGCAGAAAAUUUUCCAAAACAUUUGGAAUAGAUGGAAAACCGAAUAUUUAACGUCACUACAACGUCGCACAAAGUGGUGCGACCCACCGGUACAAUUAACACCCAAUCAACUCGUCAUAUUGCGAGAUGAAGCUACUGCUCCAAUGCAAUGGAUUACCGCACGUAUCACCGAGCUUCACCCAGGACCAGAUGGAGUAACACGAGUGGUCACGGUUCAAACACCGACAGGCCGCUUCACUCGACCAGUUUCGAAAAUCUGCAUCCUUCCCAUCGCACCACCGGACCUGGCAUCGACCGAAACAGCAGCAUUGCAAGAGUCAUCGACUCAACCAAUCAUCGCAGAAUAUCAUCCCAUCGUUGUUCCAGCCAAACAAUAA